AGCGAGUAAGGAAAGAUGCGAGGACGGAAGGAAGCGAGGAAGCAAGGAAGGAAGGAAGCAAGAAAAGAAGAGGCGAGGAAGGAAGCGAGGAAGCAAGGAGGGAAGGAAGGAAGCGAUGAAAGAGAGAGGCGAGGAAGCAAGGAAGGAAUGAAGCGAGGAAGGAAGGAAGCAAGGUGGGAAGCAAGCGAGAAAGGAAAGAUCCGAGGAAGGAAGGAAGCAAAGAAGGAAGGAAGCAAGAAAAGAAGAGGCGAGGAAGAAAGGAAGGUAGGAAGCGAGGAAGGAAAGAAGCAAGGAAGGAAGGAAGCCGGGAAGGAAGGAAGCGAGGAAGCAAGGAGGGAAAGAAGCAAGGAAGGGAGGAAGCAAGGAAAGGAGGAAGCAAGGAAGGAAGGAUGCGAGGAAGGAAGUAAGCGAGGAAGCAAGGAAGUGAGGAAGCAAGGAAGGGAGGAUGCAAGAAAGGAAGGAAGGAAGCAAGGAUGGAAAGAAGGAAGCGAGGAAGGAAGGAUGCAAGAAUGCGAGGAAGCAAGGAAGGGAGGAAGGAAGCGAGGAGGGAAGCAAGGAAGGGAGCAAGAAAGAAAGGAGGGAAGUGAGGAAGGAAGGGAGGAAGCGAAGGAAUGUAGUGAGGAAGCAAGGAAGGAAUGAAGCAAGGAAGCAAAGAAGGAAGAAAGCGAGGAAGGAAGGAAGCAAGGAUGGAAGGAAGCGAGGAUGGAAGGAAG